GCCUGGAAGCCUCCUACAGGGAUCCAUCCCAGCAUCAACCUUCCCCUCGCAUUCAAAAUCUACUACAACAAGAUGUUCACCUUCUCAAACUUCUACAUCGCACACGAAGAGGGCCGAAAGCUCCACGCCGUCUCCGGCCACUCGAAGCGCUUAAUCGGACCCGGCGAGACCAAACUACACUCGGGCCCCGAGCCGACCUCGCCCGUACUCGGCAGCGCGCUGAUCGACUACAAGAAAAUCGAGGUCAGGCUCACUGGUGGCACG